AUGAGUGGGGGUUGUGUGUUAGCGCCACCUGUUGGGACACCGUCUCGAUUUCAGCUCAGGUACCGCUCACCUGCGGAGGUUCGAAUCCCUUUAACUCAACCGCAGGAACUCAUUUACAGUUCAUGUUUCCAGUGGGGACAUUUAGGGACGAGCACUUCAGAGUUUAUAUAAGACACUGUACGUCUGUUUCAAAAAACCCAUUAAUAUAGUUUUAAAGCAUGACCUUUGACCCUUUGUUAGCCUGAACCGCGAGAGGCUCCUGACACCGAACUGAUCCAAACACGCCGUUCUCCAAAAAAAACGCCACCAAACACCACCAACAACAACAACACGAUGCGGCGUCAAACAAUGGCCGCCUUGUGUGUCGCAGCAUGUUUGGCAGGACGGCGUGGAGAAAUAUGUCGAGGCAACAUGUUCGUCCUCGCCGUGGAAGUGAAGUGGACGCCUCCGGUUCUCACAGAGCGAGUCAACUGCAAAUGA